AAGCAACAUAGAAGAUCGCUGCGUGUGUGUGUAUGUAACGUGUUUCGCAGUCUAAGUGUCCCCUAUCGUGCACCACUCCGAUCACACUUCCCUGCGCUGCAUUCCAUCGCCCUCUUCAUUCCCUGCAGAGGAGUAAAGUGUGUGCCCGCAGCUGAGCACAGGACAUCCCCGAUGUAGAUAAUAGGGGUUACUAUGGUGACCAAGUGGCAGCGAUCGUAGUGAUGGGCAAGUGAUGAGCCAGAUAUGCGGGCGAUCCUCACCCUGACAAGGGAGAUCGGGCACAGGGGGCGGGGCUACAGCGGCUCCGACACUCUCAGCUGCUGAAAUGGAUUCAAAGACAGUGCGAGAGGGAAGCUAGGAUCUGUGCUGGACCCUGUGCUGGACCCUUCCCUGGACCCUGUGCUGGCUGCGAUCCCUCCACUCCAAGCACACACACAACUGUCACUUCACCUGGAAUCAGCCAAGGGAUCUAUAGAGAAAUUGGGCUUGGAGUUGCUUGAAGCCCACCAGCUUGUGGAUGGAGCUGCUGCUGCUGAGGAUGAUGAGGAUGGGGAUGAGGAUGCUGCUGUGUUAACUUACUGCUUGUGCUGUGGAUUCUUUCUUACUUGUUGCUCUCAGCUUGAGCAUUGAUCUCAGCUUGUUGUGUGUCUGUGAUCACACAAUGAGCUGCCAAGGCUUUGAUGCGAGUGGCCACCUUCCCCAGGCUCCCCAGAGGUAGGUAAAAGAUCCAGUUUAAAGGGAUUGCUGCAGUUUUUCUUUCUCUGCCUUUUAGUGCAACUGGUUAAGUCAUGCUAGCGUAUGUAAGGGAGCACUACAGGAAAGGGAUGGGAGCGAGGACUGUGCUGGGCUAUCCUGGGAUGAAAUGAGAUGGAAGAGACAACCUCAUUGAUCUCCUGUAUUGGAAGGAGAAGGCACAGGCAUGUGUGAAGUGCUUGCCACUGUCAGACUUAAGAGACAACAGAUAGGUGAAGGCAAACUGCAAGCAGACAUAGCAGAUCUUUCAUUGCUGCUGAUGUACAGGAGCUAAAAAAAAAAAAAAAGGUGCAGCUGAACAGGCAACACAUGCUAUGCUUCAUCUUACAUGUCCACCGUGAACGCUCUACAUACUACUCUUUAAUACCUGUGGAUACAGAUGGCCAAUUGGAACCUGGAGACACAUCUUUGACCAAACUGGGUCUGUUGUAACUUUUUUUUUUUCUUUGCAAAGCUAAGCAAUAAACUUCAACCUGCCUAAAAAAUUUGAAAUUCUAGGUAAAGAACUGCAAGAGAAAAAUAAAAAUGGCGGCGGGGGUAGCAGCAUGGAUGCCUUUCGCACGGGCCGCCGCUAUCGGCUGGAUGCCUGUGGCUACGGCGCCUAUGCCGCCUCCACCCAAAGGUGAGAGAAAGAGGUCGCAGGACACUUUGAUUGUUUUAAACGUAAGCGGCUCCCGCUUUCAGACGUGGCGAAACACCUUGGAGCGCUACCCCGACACACUGCUUGGCAGCACGGAAAGAGAUUUUUUCUUCAACCAGGACACCGGAGAAUAUUUCUUCGACAGAGACCCGGACAUUUUCCGCAACAUUCUCAACUUUUACCGCACGGGUCAGCUUCACUACCCGCGUAACGAGUGCAUCGCAGCGUACGAUGAAGAGCUGUCUUUUUUUGGUAUUAUUCCAGAAAUGAUUGGUGACUGUUGUUACGAGGAGUACAAAGACCGCCGAAGGGAGAACCAAGAGAGACUACAGGAUGAUGCCGAUUCAGAGAACUCGGCAGAAGGACCUUUGCCCCCCAUGUCGCUGCGCCAGAAGCUGUGGCGGGCCUUUGAAAACCCCCAUACCAGUACAAUGGCUUUGGUGUUUUACUAUGUAACUGGCUUCUUCAUCGCUAUCUCUGUCUUUGCCAACGUACUGGAGACGGUUCCAUGUGGUAUAAUGCCAGGCACCAUGCGGGAGUUGCCGUGUGGUGAACGUUACGUUAUGGCUUUCUUCUGUCUGGAUACAGCUUGCGUCAUGAUAUUUACUGUGGAGUACCUAUUGCGCUUGAUGGCUGCACCCAGUCGCUAUCGGUUUGUACGAAGUGUGAUGAGUAUUAUCGAUGUGGUCGCCAUCAUGCCAUACUACAUAGCCCUUGUGAUGUCAAACAACGAGGACGUAAGUGGUGCGUUUGUUACGCUGAGAGUGUUCCGCGUGUUUCGGAUCUUCAAAUUUUCCCGCCACUCGCAGGGUCUACGGAUCUUGGGCUAUACACUUAAGAGCUGUGCCUCAGAGCUGGGCUUUCUGCUAUUCUCCCUCACUAUGGCUAUCAUCAUCUUUGCCACAGUCAUGUUUUAUGCUGAAAAGGGUUCUAUGAACAGCAAAUUCACUAGUAUACCCGCUGCCUUCUGGUACACUAUCGUCACCAUGACAACAUUGGGGUAAGUCUUUAAGAAGUGAGGAUACCAUUAAGCAUUUUGUCCUGUUCUCUCAAGCAUGUCCAUGUGGCUGAUUAUCUAUAGGCUUCAUUAAAUGGGAUAAGUAUCAUAAGGCACAUGGAAUA